AUGUUCAUUAAUGAUAGUGCUUUACGUUCAUCAUCAGAAAUAACUUCACGUCAUGCUGCACUAUUUGGUUUACGAAAUAUUUUAAAAGAAUGUUGUAAACAUGAUAUAACAACAUUAACAUUACCAUUAUUACUUACACAUGAUAUGACAGAAGAAAUGACUAUUCCUUGGGUUAUGAAACGAACUGAAUUAGUAUUAAAAUGUCUUAAAGGUUUUAUGAUGGAAAUGGGAACAUGGGGUACUAAUCGAUGUUCAACUAUUCAAUUUGUUGUACCUAAAAAUUUACUUGAUCAAACAUUUUUUCAAUUAGCUGAUCUUGUACCGACUAUAUUUCGAGAAUCGAGAACAGUGACAUUACAGUUUUAA